UGCGCACUCUUAAGAGGUCGCAACGGGGAGAGCCGCAGGGGCUCUCGAGCGGAAGUGACGCACGGCACAUGCGCAGUGACGACGAAGAGGUUCCGAAAAGUUAAGGGCCGGACUGCAUGCUGUGCUCGCUUCCGGAAGUUGCUUCUGCUACAACAUGCUUGCGGAGCUCGGCUUAAUCGGCACCAUAGGCGAGGAUGACGAGGUGCCAGUGGAGCCCGAGUCUGACUCCGGUGACGAGGAGGAGGAGGGGCCCAUUGUGCUGGGCAAACGACAGAAAGCCUUGGGGAAGAACCGCAGUGCUGAUUUCAACCCUGACUUCGUUUUCACCGAGAAGGAGGGGACGUAUGAUGGCAGCUGGGCCCUGGCUGAUGUCAUGAGCCAACUCAAGAAGAAGAGAGCAGCCACUACAUUAGAUGAGAAGAUUGAGAAAAUUCGAAAGAAAAGGAAAACGGAGGAUAAAGAAGCCAAGUCUGGGAAGUUAGAGAAGGAGAAAGAAGCAAAGGAGGGCUCUGAACCAAAAGAGCAGGAAGACCUUCAACGGAACGAUAAGGAGGGCUCAGAAGAUGAAGCCUCAGAGACUGACUACUCGUCGGCUGAUGAGAACAUCCUCACCAAAGCAGAUACACUCAAAGUAAAGGAUCGGAAAAAGAAGAAGAAGGGACAGGAAGCAGGAGGAUUUUUUGAAGACGCAUCUCAGUAUGAUGAAAACCUUUCAUUCCAGGACAUGAACCUUUCCCGUCCUCUUCUGAAGGCCAUUACAGCCAUGGGCUUCAAGCAGCCCACCCCGAUCCAGAAGGCGUGCAUACCUGUGGGUCUGUUGGGGAAGGACAUCUGUGCCUGUGCAGCCACUGGGACAGGUAAAACUGCUGCUUUUGCCCUUCCUGUAUUGGAGCGUCUGAUUUACAAACCCCGCCAGGCUCCAGUCACCCGUGUGCUGGUGCUGGUUCCCACUCGGGAGCUGGGCAUCCAGGUGCACUCUGUCACCAGACAGCUGGCCCAGUUCUGCAACAUCACCACCUGCCUGGCUGUGGGUGGCUUAGAUGUGAAGUCUCAGGAAGCGGCUCUCCGGGCAGCGCCUGACAUCCUCAUCGCCACCCCAGGCCGGCUCAUUGAUCACCUCCACAACUGCCCUUCCUUUCACCUGAGCAGCAUCGAGGUGCUCAUCCUGGACGAGGCUGACAGGAUGCUGGAUGAGUACUUUGAGGAGCAGAUGAAGGAGAUCAUCCGAAUGUGUUCCCACCACCGCCAGACCAUGCUCUUCUCGGCCACCAUGACAGACGAGGUGAAAGAUCUGGCUUCUGUCUCUUUGAAGAACCCCGUCCGGAUAUUCGUGAACAGCAACACGGAUGUGGCUCCCUUCCUACGGCAGGAGUUCAUCCGGAUCCGGCCUAAUCGGGAAGGAGACCGGGAAGCCAUCGUGGCAGCUCUGUUGACGAGAACCUUCACUGACCAUGUGAUGCUGUUCACGCAGACCAAGAAGCAGGCCCACCGCAUGCACAUCCUCCUAGGGCUCAUGGGGCUGCAGGUGGGCGAGCUCCAUGGCAACUUGUCACAGACGCAGCGGCUGGAGGCCCUCCGGCGCUUUAAGGAUGAACAGAUUGACAUCCUUGUGGCCACUGAUGUGGCAGCCCGUGGACUUGACAUUGAAGGGGUCAAAACGGUAAUCAACUUCACAAUGCCUAAUACCAUCAAACAUUAUGUCCACCGGGUGGGGCGAACAGCGCGUGCCGGCAGGGCUGGGCGUUCAGUCUCCCUGGUGGGAGAAGAUGAGCGGAAGAUGCUGAAGGAGAUUGUAAAAGCUGCCAAGGCCCCUGUGAAGGCUAGGAUACUUCCCCAAGAUGUUGUCCUCAAAUUCCGGGACAAGAUUGAGAAAAUGGAGAAAGAUGUGUAUGCAGUUCUGCAGCUAGAGGCGGAGGAAAAAGAGAUGCAGCAAUCAGAAGCUCAGAUCAAUACAGCAAAGCGGCUCCUGGAGAAGGGGAAGGAGGCAGUGGUUCAAGAGCCUGAGAGGAGCUGGUUCCAGACCAAAGAAGAGAGGAAGAAGGAGAAAAUUGCCAAAGCUCUGCAGGAAUUUGACUUGGCCUUAAGAGGAAAGAAGAAAAGGAAGAAGUUUAUGAAGGAUGCCAAAAAAAAGGGGGAGAUGACAGCAGAGGAAAGGUCCCAGUUUGAAAUCCUCAAGGCGCAGAUGUUUGCUGAACGGGUAGCCAAGAGGAAUCGCAGAGCCAAGCGGGCCCGAGCAAUGCCCGAGGAUGAGCCAGUGAGAGGCCCUGCCAAGAAGCAAAAGCAGAGGCAGAAAUCUGUAUUUGAUGAAGAACUCACCAACACAAGCAAGAAGGCCCUGAAACAGUAUCGAGCUGGCCCUUCCUUUGAAGAAAGGAAACAGUUGGGCUUGCCCCACCAGAGACGAGGAGGAAACUUUAAAUCUAAAUCCAGAUACAAGCGGAGGAAGUAGCUGUUGUGACCUGAAGAAAUUCAUGGGGGCAGUCCUUAAAUCCCUUCCCUGUGGGAAGUUAUCCUGGCUGGUCUGUCUUUUCUCCACGUGUUUAAAAAAAAAAAAUUAAGCCUGUCAUUUGUGUAUUAAAAAAAAAACUUUGGGUGGUGGUGGUAUGUAGCUGUUUUCCUAAGCAUGUCUGUCAAUCUCCCUUCUUGCUGAUUAGCUUUCAUAUAAUGACCAUACUCAAUGGAGGUAUUUUUGGGGAGGAAGAGAAACC